AAAUACUUUGUACUGGCACUUGAUAAGUCUCAGCUUGGGGAUGUAAUCCGCCAAAAAGUGCAAAAGCUUGAUACGCCAGUGCUCGAGAAUGGAGAUAAUUGGAGUGUUGGGCAAAGACAACUGGUUUCCCUGGGCCAGGCUUUGCUUAAACAGGCAAGAAUUUUGGUGCUUGAUGAAGCGACUGCUUCAGUUGAUACAGCCACAGAUAAUCUUAUCCAGAAGAUUAUCCGAACUGAAUUCCAGAACUGCACUGUAUGCACUAUUGCGCAUCGGAUCCCAACCGUUAUCGAUAGGGAUCUUGUUCUGGUCCUCAGUGAUGGUCGAGUUGCAGAGUUUGAUACGCCAGCACGACUAUUAGAGGACAAAUCAUCCAUGUUCCUGAAGUUGGUCACCAAGUACUCAUCCAGGUCAAGUGGCAUCCCAGAUUUUUGAAUUAGAUGGUGUGCCUCAAAACCUUGCAGUUAUAAAAGCAACAAGAACAUACAACUACUCUAAGAAUACUGCUCUUCUUGUGGUGGCGGCAGCGGCAGCUUCAGCUUCUGGAAAAGAGAUGGGAGACUAAAAGGCAACCACAGGCCAAGAAGAGGAAAACAAUUUGGUUUAAGUGCUGAAGAGAUAAUUAUUAGCCACUUUUAAAGCAGGACUGGAGGAUUCAUGCAUGGUUGGCAUAUGCCUUCAUAGAGAAAAUAAGUGAGGGUUGGGAGAGGUUGGUAAUAAUUAGGUGAAUAGUAAGAAAUGCGGCCCAUUUGUUUCGAGAAUGUGCAAUAAAACUAGGUUCUUGCUUCAUUAGUUUUACUUGUAGAGCAUUAAUUAGAGAGUCAAAUGUGUAUUCCACUGUUUCAACUGCAGAAAUUAUGUUAAGCAAUUCUGCAUGGUUCAAAUUCCAGCCCUUGUUCUUCUUGCAUUCUUACUCUCUCUGCCCUUACUUAAAUCAUGGCCAACCUAUUAAAGUCUUUGCACUUCCAUGUAUGAAUCUUUAAACUCUUGAAAAUCAUUCUCAUCAAUCAUGGUAAGAAUUCGAUACACACAUGUAUGACCUUGGAACUUUGCUACUUUCAUUCAUAUCACAUGUUACAACAAUGAUGUAUUGUA